AUGUUCGGGCCUCAUUUGCUGCGGACGCUGCGGACGCUUCCCUGCAGAUGCAGCAGGCACUCCGCGCUGCUGCUUGCGCAGCAGCAGCAGCAGCAACAGCUACAUCUGCAGCGGCUGCAGCUCUUCACGACUCAGUCGGCAGCAGCGGAGACAUCUGUAAGGAAUACACAGCAGCAGCAGCAGCAGCAGCUGAAGGAAGAGCAGCAGGAACAGCAGCUGCAGCAGCAACUGAAGCAACUGGCUUCCUCGCCACCGCCACCGCCACAGCAGCAGCAGCAGCAGCAGCAACUGCUGCAGCCGGAAGGCCCUGCGUCUGCUUCUCUACCAGUCUUUUGUUAUUUGUCCACCGAGGACAAGCAGCAGCUGCUGCUGCAGCACGAACAGCAAGAGCAGCAAGAGCAGCAGCAGCAGCAGGACCAGCGCGAUAUUGGUCUCUCUAGAUGCAGCAGCAGCUGCAGUGGACAGACAGGAGGUCUGCAACAAAGCGGCGGGACACAGGAGCAGCCUGCUGCUGCUGCUACUGCUGCUGCUGCUGCUGCUGCUGAAGCUGCUGCGGUGACUCCUACUGACUCAGCUGUUGCUGCUGCGUCUGGCACUGGAACAGCAGCAGCAGCAGCUGCUGCUGCUGCUGCAGCUGCCGCAGCUGCGGGUGAAGUUGCUGUGUUCAGUGCGCCAAAGCCUAGAGCAGCAGCCGCAGCAACAGCGGCAGCAGCAACAGAAGCAACAGCAGCAGGAGCAGGACAUGCUGCUGCUGCUGCAUCUGAAGAAGUGCUGCUGCUGCGCAGCAGCCGCGGGAAAGAUAUUUACGCCGGGGAGGAAGAGCUGCUGCUGCUGGAGGCAGCAGCAGCAGAUUGCGGCGCCAUGAGCCCCACAUCAGGUUAUUUGCUGCGCCGUGCCACGCGCCGGGUAUCAGCAGCAGCAGCCCAGCUGCAGCCGCAGCAGCUGCUGAGGGCCCUAAAAGCAGCAGCAGCUGCUGCAGUGGUGCAUCCUUUGUCUCCGGAAUUUCUGCUGCUGCUGCUGCAGCAGAUGCAGCAGAAGCUAGCGUACUUUUCAACAGAGGAAUGCGUCUUGCUGCUGCAGCUUGUUGACUCGCUUGCCUGUGGGCCUGAAGCAGCAGCAGCGGCAACUGAAGCAGCAGCAGCAGCAACAGAGCCGUCCUCAGUGUUAGGGAUUCAUUCCUCUCUGCUGGAACAAGUUCCAUGGUUUACCAGCAGCAGCAGCAGCAGCCACUUCAGCAGCAGCAGCAGCAGCAGCACGUUGCAUGAGCACCUGCGGCUCUCUGCUGCACUGCUGCAGCAGCGGCUGCUGCAGGAAGCAAACUGUCUCUCGCUGCAGCAAACUUUGGCUAUCUUUCCUUUUCUACGAAGUUACCAAAUUCGGUCAAACAGCCUUGUUGCUGUUCUGUUGGACGGGGUUUACAUGCAUCUUGCACUGCAGCAGCAGCAGCAGCUGGAUCCAGCCUUCGUGCUGCUGAGGCUUGCUGACUUUGCUGCUGCAGUGCUGCAGAAGCACCUGCCAUCUCCUCUCGAUUUGCUGCUGCUGCAGCACCUGCAGGAGGAGCCUGCAGCACAGGCUCCCGCUGACAGCAGCAGCAGCAGCACAGCAGCAGCAGCAGCAGCAGCAGGUUUACCGCUGCUUCUGCUGCUGAGGGUCUUGUGCUUUUCAGGAGGUUUGCUGCUGCAGCAAGAUGCAGUGGUGUCUCGGCUAUCUCCGCAGCUCGCAUGCAGGGCUUGCGAACUCGAAGCUGCAGCUCCAGAUGCAGCAGCAGCAGCACUGGCGCUUUUGGCCGCCGUAGCUGUCCGUCAGCAGCAGCUGCAGCGGCACCAGCAGCAGCAUACCCAACAGCAGCAGCAGGAGCCCCAGCAAGAGCAACUUCAGCAGCAGCAGCAGCAGCAGCAAGCAGCGGCCGUUGGUUUGGCCUUGCCGCUGCUGCUGAAGCGCCGCGGCUGUUUGUCGUUGCAGCAGCUCGUAAUGCUCCUGGAGUGUAUGCUGACCUUGAGAGUCCAACACGAGCUGGCAGCAGAUGUUUUUGCUGCUGCUGCUGCUGCUGCUCUUCCUCAGCAGGACUUUAGUGCUGCUGCUGCCGCUUCUGCAGCAGCAGCCGCAGCAGCAGCAGCAGAUGCUUCCUUUUGGACGCUUCGCGCCUUUUGCAUUGGGCUCAAGCUGCUGCUGCAGCACCAUCAGCAGCAGCUGCAGCAGCAAGUGCAGCAGCUGCAGCAGCAGCAAAGCCCUUUCCUGCAGGAAGCAGUAGUGUCAUUUUUUUGCAGCGUGUGGCUUAUCUUUGCUUCUGCUGCAGCACUGGGAGCAGCAGCAGCUGCUGCUGCUGCAGAAUCAGCAGCAGCAGCAGCAGCUCCUGUAGGCAGUCCUUCGGAAGGCUGGGGUUUUAAGGGACUGCUGCUGCGGCGCCUUGCAGCCACAAUUAAUGAGCAGAUAAGUUUGCUGCAGCAGCAGCAGCAGCAGCAGCAGUUCAAGGACUCUCUGCAGCUUACGAGGUCGAAGCUUUAUAGAGGCUUUAGGGAGCAGCAGCAACGGCGGCAGCAGCAGCAGAAGCAACAGCAGCUGCAGCUGCAGUUGCAGCAGCAGGUGCAGCAGCAGCAGCAUCACUUGCAGAUACUCAGCGAUGCUUUGGAGUCCCUGUGUGUCGGCUAG